AGUCACAUCUCUGACCACGGCCCGCUCACGCAUCAUACCAAGCGAGCACACCAUCGCAUCGCAUAGCAUCGCGCAGCACCACAUUCGUACCAUAUCGCAUCAAAUCGAGCCGCAUUCGCUUCCCCACUCCUCCACAAAGCCAUGUUCAACGACGACGACGACGGGAACAUCGAGCUCAAGAUCAACGAAAGCUAUGCCCAGCGUUUCGAGCAGCGCAAAAAGAAGGAGGAGUUGAGCAGCCUGAAGGCGCAGUACAAUGACGACGAAUACGACUCCCAAAAUGAAUCCAUGUCUGAGGAGGAGGACGAGCACGGCGAACUGGUUACGCCGGCCGUCGAUGCCCAAAUCAUGAAGACCAUCCAGCUUAUUCGGGAGAAGGAUCCACAGAUCUACGACCCCAAAACAGCCCUCUUUAGCGAGGAGAAGCUUGCCGAAGCAAAGCAGAAAUGGGAGGAAAAACAAAAGGAGAUGAAAAAGUCCAAGCCAGUCAAGCUCAAGGACUAUCAUCGCCAGCGACUUUUGGAGGGCGACGCGGGAUCCGACGACAACGACGACAACGAUGCCUCCGACCCGACCAUGACACAUGCCGAAGAGCAGGCACAUCUGAUGAAGGCUUUUAAGGACGCAGGGCGACAGGUCGAUUCGGAUGAAGACGAUGGCUUCUUCACCCUGCGGGAACGCACCGAGGAGGAAAGGGCAAAGGACGAAGAGGACUACCGCCAAUUCCUGCUCGAGAGCAUGGCUAACGACAGCGCCCAGGGACUCAAAGAGUGGCGAUCGUAUAUCGAGAAACCCUCGGAUCCCGACGAGGCCUUCCUCCUGGACUAUGUCCUCAAGCGCGGCUGGGUAGACAAAGACCAGGACAAGAUCCCCUCCUAUGGCGAGAUUGUAAACGAAGAGGAUCUGGAUGAAGACGAGGAGGCCGUCGAUGCCGCAGAGCGGUUCGAGGUCAAACACAACUUCAGAUUCGAAGAAACUGGGGCAUCAGAACUUGUUACCCACUCCAGAGACAUUCAAGACAGUCUUCGUCGCAAGGACACCAAGCGCAAGGAGCAGCGCACCUCGAAAGCCCUUCGCCGCGAGGAAGAAAAGCUCCGGAAGGCAGAGGAGCUGAAGCGUCUCAAGAACCUCAAGAUGGAAGAGAUUCGCCAGAAGCUGAAGAAGAUCCAGGAAAUCUCGGGUGCAGGCAAUUCGCUUGCCUUUGGCGAAGUCGAUCUUGAGGGCGACUUUGAUCCCGAUGCCUUCGACAAAAAGAUGGCCGAGACCUUCAACGAUGAAUACUUUGCGACCGAGGAGGAUUCCAAGAAGAAGCCAGUGUUUGAGGACGACCUGUCUGAUCUCGAUGUCGACCUGGAGGAUGUCAGCGGCAAGGUCAAGCCCAAGGACAUCAGCGUUGACGACGAUGAUAACGACGAUGAUCAACAUGAUGGCGCUGAUGUCGCGGAAGAUGCAGACCAGUGGGAUGAAGGCUAUGAUCAGACGACCGGAUAUGAGGACGACGACUUUAUCAUGGAUGCAGAUUACCUGCCUGGCGGAGACAAGUUUGGGCAGCUCAAGACCAAGAAGAAGGACAAAAAGGAGACCAAGAAGGGCGCCAAAGGCAGCGACAAGGAUGGCGAGAUGUCGCUUGGCAAAUAUCUGGAGGAAUACUACAACCUGGACUAUGAAGACAUGGUCGGCGACCAGCCUACUCGCUUCAAGUACACCCAGGUGGAGCCCGAGACCUACGGGCUCUCUGGCGUCGAGAUCCUGCUUGCGGACGAUGCGGACCUCAACAAGGUUGUUUCGCUGAAGAAGCUGGCGCCCUUCCGCGGACACGAUCGACAAAGCCGGGACAAGCAAAAGUUCCAAAAGACCCGCAAGAAGAUCCUGCGAGAGUUCCGCCAAAGCCUCCACGAGAAGCUGGACGACUCCAGCAUCAGCAAAGACUUCCGUGGGCUGCUCAAGCAGCAGCAAGAGGAGCGAGACCGCCAUGGCGGCAAGAGAGCCAGCGAGGACGACACAAAGAAGAAGCGGCGGAAAGCGGACGCACCGAAGCGCAAAGCUGGUGUGUCGUCCGAAGGCCCCUCCAAGAGCUCGAAAAAGACCAAGACCGAGGAGGCUUCGGCCCAGUCUGCGCUGAGCGCCAGCCGACUGGCGUCGUAUUCGAUGAGCAAAAAGAAGUGAGGCUCGGCAGCGCAGCCUCCAAAUACACAUUACUCCUCGCCCCAGUCCUCUGUGAGUGCGGUGCGCAUCGUACCGCCGCCUGGGCAUGAGAUGCA